UCAUCCUAUACGAUCCCCGAGUCAAGAUGGGGAGGCUGGAAGUGAUACACAUAGGCGUUAGCCUUCUAGCCUUCCUUUGUAUUUUGGAAUGCGCGGUGUCCGCAGAUCAAAUGACAGAAAAGUGCACUGAAGCAAGCGUUUUGAUAAAUAACAUCACUGCAACAACACCAAGGGAUAACGAUGGAUGUGUAAUGCAAUUUUCUACCAAAAGGGGAACUUGCUGUCUAAUUGGAGCAAAACUGAACCAACGAGAACAUUUCAAAGGCCGGUUUUUUAUUGAGAAGAAAUGUUAUAAGCUCAAAUGCCUCUAUAACAAAAAGAAGAAGUGGGAAAAAUGCAAAUGUCAAGUGAAUAAGGUAAAGUUGCCAAAGAAAAAGAAAAAUAAGAAACGUAAAAAACCUAAAGUAAAAACAACAACGACAACAACACCAAAACCCAUUUCAUCUACUCCUUCAACAACUCCGAGACCUUCGACAAGUUCAAAACCACCAUCGAUGCCACUCUCUAAAACGCCCCCACGUUUGCAGGGACAAGUUCUCAGAAACCCAGUACGAAUAGUUGGACCUCCCCCCUUAAUGCCCCAAGCUCCAAUAGGAAAACCAACGCCUUUGCCCCCUGCUCCGACAACGAGUCCUAAGGGAAAACCAUGUGUCUUUCCGGGGACAGGGGUACAAAUUCCACCGGGACGUGAAAUUCCGGCGCUAAAUAAGAAAAUAGGUCGGAAAUGCUGGUCUGCCUAUUGCUCCAAUGAUGGGAAUAUUGUGUUUGACGAAUAUGAAUGCCCGGAUGAUCUAGAUUUAACAACUUCUAUCGGUUUAGGAUCAACGCGACCAUUUCGUUUCAUGACAAUUGUACCUGGAGAGGAGGAGUAAAGAUUUAUUCGUUGAUGACGAUGAUGAUGACGACGACGACGAUGAUGAUGAUGAUGAUGACGACGACAACGAUGACAACUGAAGAUCCCUAACAAUAGAGAUGUGCCAUCAUCAAAAGUACAUUGUCAUUGAAUUCAUGUGAUUAAAUCUUGAUCUCUACCUAA